AGAAUGACCCAUGAGUUCUCUCACACUGCAUGAUGCUUCCUUCUGUGGCAGAAAAAGAAAAGAUGGACGACAUAGAUGCCAUGUUCAGCCACCUGCUGGGAGAGAUGGAUGAUCUCUCUCAGAGUCUGAUGUCGGCCGCUGAAACACCAGACCUGGAUCAUGUCACACGGGGAGAAAACACUAUCUCCAUCGGCUUCACAGACCUGAACGAGUCUCUUGCAGAACUCGAGGACCAUGACCUGGAUGCUCUGGUGGCCGACCUGAGAUCAAAAUCCACCUCCUCCGAGCCACAACUCCCCACGCAUCAACAAACCAUGGGUCCCAGAGAUAAUCACACAGCACCACCUGCUACGACUCUGACGCCUGGAGCAGCUGCAGCUCUGCCUCCACCAACAAAUCCAGCCAGGUCAUCUGCAGCACUUAAAACGAAAGAACCACAGACAAAGUCGGACAAGAUUAAACUGGCUUUGGAGAAGCUGAAAGAAGCUAAAGUGAGAAAGUUGAUCAUAAAAGUACUGAUGAGCGACGGCAGCUCAAAGACUCUGAUGGUGGACGAGAGACAGGCGGUCCGGGAGGUUUUGGACAAACUGUUUGAGAAGACGCACUGUGACUGCAGCGUCGACUGGAGCCUGUGUGAGACCAACCCAGAGCUGAACACCGGUCAGAUCAACACACACACACACCAAGAGCGCUGUUUUGAAGAUCAUGAGUGUUUAGUGGAGCCACUGUCUGCGUGGAGUCGCCACAGUGAAAACAAAAUCUAUUUUGUGUCUCGACCUCAGAAGUAUGUGAUGUUCACAGACCCACAUUUAUUUUACAUGUGGAAGAAGAAGGCGACAUGUUUGAAGGCAAUUUCUGAGUCGUCCAAACAGCUGUUACUUAAGGAGAACUUUGAGGGUCCUACAGUGAUUGUUCCCGAUCUUGAAGGCAUGUUGUACCUAAAAGAAGAUGGGAAAAAAGUCUGGAAACCACGCUACUUUGUGCUCAGAGCCUCAGGCAUCUACUAUGUUCCCAAAGGAAAGACAAAGUUGUCCAGUGACCUCGCCUGUUUCGUCCACGUUGAUAAAGUCAACAUCUACACCACGAACAACUACAAACAGAAGUACAAAGCUCCCACAGAUCACUGCUUCAUACUAAAGCAUCCUUGCAUCCAGAAAGAGUCGCACUACAUCAAGUUCCUGUGCUGUGACGACAAACACAAACUGCUGCUUUGGGUCAACUCCAUCAGAAUAGCAAAGUAUGGGACUGCUCUGUACUCGAACUACAAGGCUGCAGUGAAAAGAUCUUUGACUCUACAAACCCUCUGCUCUGCUGCCAGAACAGACAGACCCAACGGCCACGCCCCUCAGGUGAGCCUGGCUCCGCCUCCGACCACACUUGUUGAAGACUAUCCAGAUGAGCUUCCGCCUGACUUCAUCCCUCCUCCUCCUCCUCCUGGACACGUUUAACUUUGAGACGUGUCCUUGGCUUUUCCUCUGAUGAUCAGGGUGAACUUCAGCCAGUAUUACAUCUGUUAUCUCUAUUGAACAGAUGAACCUUUCAUUUUACACCUUGGAUCAUAUGAAACAGGAUUAGGGCCACUGGGAAAAAAAAUAAAAUUAAGGUCCGAUAUAUUAUUAUUAUUAUUAUUAUUAUUAUUAUUAUUACACUGGUCAACAACAAAUUUAUUGUUUAAGU